AUGAAUUAAGAGAAAGAAUGGAGUUUAGAUAGUUGGAAAAAUUAUUCGGCUGUAUAAUUGCCGAUAUAUUCAGAUGUUCAACUAUAGUAAUGAUAUUUUAGAAAUUAGUUAAGAUACUCUUCAAAAAAUAAAAAAACUUCCAGAAAUCCUAAAUUUUGAGGAUAUUAAUGCUUUUAAAAGUUAAAUGAUUAAGGUGAGUAAAGGUGAGAAAUUUGUACUGUAAUUGGGAGAUUGUGCAGAAGUGUUUGAUGAAUGUACAGAGGAACAUUGGAAAGAGAAAUUUAGCUUUUAUGAUGUAUAAAAUAAAAUAAUCAUAGCGAAUGGGUUAAAUCUUGGAUGCAAUAGUUAUUGGAAGGACUUGUGGAUAAUUUGCAAAACCAAGAUCAUAAUUAUUAGAAAAGGAUGGCACAUUAAAUUAUAGGGGUGAUUUAAUUAAUUCAUUGAGCAGAGACGAGAGAGAUCCUGAUCCCUCACGUUUAUUAUUGGGUGCACACUAUACCAAAAAGGGAAUAGAGAGUCUAAAGCAGUAUGAGGGUUAAUAAAUUUGGGUAUCACAUGAAUGUUUACAUCUUGGGUAUGAAUCAGCUUUUGUGAAAUAAAAUGAAGAUAAGUAGUAUUAUUUGUCAAAUACUCAUUUUCCAUGGAUAGGAGACAGGACAAGAUUGCAUGAUCAUGCUCAUUCAAAUUUUAUUAAGGGCAUUUAUAAUCCUGUAGGAAUUAAGGUAAUUCUUAAAAUCUAUAUAGAUUGGAUAAACAAUAAAUAAGACAGAGUUUAUUAAUGUGUUUAAGCUGAUUAAUCCAAAAAAUGAAGAUGGAAGGGCAUUUGCUAUUAUUAGAUUAGGAAAGAAUAAGUUAGAUAAGUUGAAGGAUAUCAUUGAUUGGAAAUAAGAGGAAAAAUUGAAUAUUUCAUUCUUCUUGGAUCCUAUGCAUGGAAAUAAUUAGGAUAAAAGUGGACGUAAAAUCAGAAAAAUAGAAGACAUCAUGUAUGAAAUCUAGCAAUUUUUUACCAUACUGGAACAAUAGAAUGAAGUUCCUGCAGGAUUACAUUUAGAAUGCACACCUUAUGAUGUGACUGAAUGUAUAGAAAAUGAUGAAGAUAUCAAUCCUAAAAAAUACACUACUGCCUGUGAUCCUAGAUUGAAUUUCAGACAAACUAGAAAAAUUAUUAUUUUUGUUAAUACUCUUCUUAAAAAAUUAAGGAAUAAAUAAUGA